AUGAUAGGAACACAGGGAGCAUGCGCGCUCACUGCCCCCAGGCGGCGCGGCCACGUCGGCGGGGCGGGAAUCCCUCGUCGGGCAACAGAGGCCGAGCAACAUCUUGGUGAACUUGACACGAUGGCAGCGGCGUGGGGGUUGCUAGGGACGCGUCGCGUUGUCCUGCUGGCGCUCGUGCCCCUCCUCUCCCCGGCGGCAGAAGGACAGAAAAUCGUUCCUGAAGGUUAUCAGCGCGAUAUCCGCCCAGUCAAGCCAGGCGGAGGCCCGACGCUCGUGGCGUUCAGCAUGAAGGUGAAUGGGGUUUUCGAGGUGAAUUUAGAGGAUAUGUCCCUGCUUUUCGAGCUGUACUUCCGCGUGUCGUGGCAGGACGACCGCCUCCUGUACCCGCUCGACGACGGCCCCCCCGGCCACGGCGCCGCGGGAGGCCUCCACCGCGCCGCCGCCGCGCCGCUCUCGCCCGCGCCCGAAGUCACGUCCAUGGCGAUGUCCAGCGACUUCCUCAAAAGGGUUUGGGUUCCUGACGUGUUCAUCAGGCGAACGCGCAGAAUCGACACGUUUCGGCUGCUGCAGGAUUUCCAGGGCGUUAUCUUCCACUCCGACAACACCGUGUUCACUUCCACGAUGAUGCAGUUCCAACUUGGUUGCGCUAUGACGUUUGAAAAAUAUCCCUUUGACACGCAAGAGUGCAUGUUCUUUAUAACGAGUUAUUCGUACAGCAUCGAAGAGUUAAGGUUUACGUGGAUGGAAAUGGGGUUAUCCAAGGACCCAGAGCUGGAGAAACAAUUGGCAAAUUACGACUUCCACCUCGUCGGGUACAACGACACCGAAUGCCUCUGUCUCAAUUGCAUUCCACAAAGGACAGCCUGCAUCAAGGUCCAGCUGGUUCUGCGCCGCCGGAGCCUCAUCCACGUCCUGGGCUCGUUCGUUCCCUCGUCCCUGUUCGUGAUGGUCGGGUGGACGUCACUCUUCUGGCCCGCUGACGUCAUCCCAGGGCGCACUGUGCUCGCCGUCACCUCGCUGCUCACUGUGACUUCAAUGUACUCCGCCAUCAGGCAGAGCAGUCCGGCCACGAGCUACGUUAAGGCUAUCGACGUGUGGCUUUUCAUGUGCAUCCUGCUAACUAUGGUGCCGCUGUUCCAGUACGCGCUGGUUCUGACCCAAAGUGCUUCAACAUUCACCAGGACUCAGGAGGGCGCCAAGACCGACUACGAAGUGAAGACCGAGCGCAUUGGUCGUCUCGGCAUUCCUCUCGCCUUCCUGGUGUUCAACCUCGCCUACUGGCCCGUCUACCUCUAG